GCUAGCAUAGACUGUAUGGGUUGCUAGCAGCGCCGCGCCGAGCGUUAGCCUCUGCCCGUCGCCUCUCAAUCCUCUCCCCCCUCUGCCAGACUCGUCUCCCUGAGAAACGUCUUCACACUGAAACUCCUCCGCCAUCUUUCUCGGAGUCGUUCUUCGCUGCGCUCAUCGUUUCACGUUCAGACACGUCCAGAGAGUUUGGUGUUACCAUGGUGACGGCCAACGCGAGACUUCACCAGUUCUCGUUCUCUCCCGUUCGUCACCAAACAAUCAUGGCGGACUACCGAGAGGCGCCCUUGGCCACUCGGCCCAAAACAUUGGACCCGAACGAGUAUUUCAACAUUUCUCCGGAGUAUAGACGAGCUGAACAACAGCGAGCGGCUCUGCGAGCCAACCUGAAGAGACAGUACCAGACACAGCUCAACAACCCGCACAGGAAAGAGCUCAUCGAAGACCCUGCGCUGACACGCUGGGUGUACGCACGUGCCAACCCCUACCAAUACUUCAGACCUACGAACAAGACGUCUCUGCUGGGUGCUAUGUUUGGAAUUGUGCCCAUCUUCGUCCUCUACUACGUCUUCAAGACUGGCAGGGAUAAGAAGGAGGAGAACAUUAAGGCUGGGACCCUCGAUCGCAACUUCAGUUUGUCAUCAUGAGCUUCGAUGUAUAAAGACCUGUACGUUCUAAUGAGGAUUUCAAUGUGUGUGUAAUUAUUAUCAACUAAAUAAAACUAUAUUGUCAAAAAUAA